AUGGGCACAAAUGCAGAUGACGAAACACUCAAAAUCUUGGCUUCUAUCCGAAUCAACAAACUGAUUGAUGACUUUCAAUCAUGCUAUUUGGCACAACAAAGGGAACUGGGAUACCUGGAGCGAGUACUACGCGAUGUCUUGAGUUUAAUAUUUGAUAUCAGUCGUAGAGCGGUACCGGAUUCUGUCAAGCUUGCAUUGGUGAGGCUAUGUUUAAGCCCAUCUGUCAACGUGCCAAUUCACGUGCUUCUCAGCAUUCUAGCCAACUUAGGGCCAACCCAAAAUUGUGUUCACGGUGCUAAACACGUCGCUUCGAAGAAAGUACCUAUGACAUUGCAAGCUGAAAUCUUAAAGCAAAUUGUUAAAUACAUUGAGUAUUCUGCAAGUACGAUUCGAGAGUAUGCUUCCAUUAUAUUCCCCAUACUCGCGAAAUUAAUGUCAUUUGAAUACUUGAGGUUGCACGUAUCAUCAUUGAUAAAAAUUUGUUUUCAAUCAUCAACCUUGACAAAAUUCAAUUCUUGCCGGAAUAAGCAGACAACAGGUGCGCUCCACUCGGCGACUGAAUGGGAAUACCGUUGGAUUAGGGCCUUGCAUAUUCAAUUUCCCAUGGAUCAAAACUUGCGAAAGCUUGUUGAGGAGUUUGGCGCGGUAAGUUGUGCUAAUUGGAGUUCUUCAAGUUUCCUUAAAAGUAAGUGUGGGUUACCAUUGUUCUUCUUGAAUGGAGAUACUAAACGCAGAAAGACUCACCAUGUGUCAAGUAAUGGCAUACAAAUUCAACCGAGAAGCCAUUUAUCAACCUCGGAGUUUAUGAAAGUUGAAGAAGCAACGAUGAAAAAUGAGCUUGCUAUCCUGCUUUGUACAGAUAAGCUAAACAUAAAAGAUAUUGACGAAUGUCUCCGUAUUACGUCAUUUAGGGACUUGAAUUCCUUCCAUCACUCGCUCGUUAACGUCUUGUGGCAAUUUCGACGACUUGAUAACGAAUCAUUUUGCAUGAAUCUGAUAGAUGACUUUGUGUUGAACAAGCGCGACGAUACAGAGUGGUCACUUACGUUUCGAGAAAGAGUCAACUUCAUACAUCUCGUUAAGGCAAGUGUUGACAAGUUGCAGUUUAUGAUUACAAAUGAUGGGGAAAAGAUAGAAAAGUGCUACUACCUUCACCCCACUCUCUAUCUGCAUUUGAGUGAAAAGUAUCUCACAGAAGUUUUGGUAUUACUUGAUGUUGAAUCUCAAGCAAACCCGCAGAUUUUGAACAGGAUUGUGCCAUUGCUAUUGGGCUUUACAAAAUUUGCUCCCCAGGCUCGCAGUACAGUGGCUAGGAAGAUACUUUUGUUGUACAGAAAAUUUCGUGCGAUGGCCAUUGUACCAAACCCUAGUCUCACAUUGCCACGUGCUGUCGUUUACUUUAUGUUGCUACACGGCGAUUUAAAUUUAUUAGAUGCGGUAUGUUUUCAUAUUGCUGAAGAAAAGAAACUUCAUUUCAAGGAUGAUAGGUUACGAAGAGUGCAGAACUCCUUCACCAUGGAUUUGGUGAAUAUGAUUUGGAGAGAGAGAUUUUUCAGCUUUGAUGUGAGACGAGAUUCCCCACACAAGGCACUUUUUCUCAACCCUUCUUUGAUUUCAAAGUUGUACAACUCAAGCUUUAUUACCAUUGGGCUUGGGGAAAUUGGAGGAAUAUUGAUGGGUCCUGCAUUUGCCUUUAUUGCAACGAAAAAUUUGCGUCGUCUAGAAGAUGAACACAACCUCGAUAUAAGAAUCGAGGGUCCUCUUACUGAAGAGAAUGUAACUCUGAUGCAAGCGGAUGAUCGAACUCAAUGGCUACCAUUAAGUCGAGAAUUGAUUAAGCUUGAAAUUCUCAAAGUUCUCGAUCUGAGAAAUUACAAAGGAGUAUGCGAUAUGAUGUUCAAGUCUUUAAAGUCAUUGUCAGAUGCUAGAGAUAAGUGGAGUUAA